GUCAGGGGAAGAUGAUUUCAUCACAGUGAGCCGACAGGACAUGAGUUCUGACCCAACCCGAGCGCUUCACUAACACCAUCUGAAGUGAAUGGAGAAUGGUCUGGGGAUAUUUUUUUUUAUUUUCAUUUGCAAUAGUCUUGCUCCAGGAUGGAAUCUUUUAUGAGGUAUUUUUGUAAAAGCAAGCUUUUUUUUUUUAAAUUUUUUGCUGAUAUAUAUUAUUUUUGCUCUCUCUCCAGUGUUCUGCUGAGAAGUUGCUAAUUCACUAGACAGGAAACUUGUUGCAUGCUGUGGGUCUCGCGCGCAUAGGCUGCAGUUUUACAAGCUUGCGCGAGCGAGCGCGCGCGCGAGAGAGAGAGAACGAGAGAGAGAGAGAUAGAGAACGCCUGCGAGCGCGUGAGAGAGAGAGAGAGCGCGAGAGAGAGAACGAGAGAGAGAGAGAGAGAGCGCGUGCGAACGCGUGAGAGAGAGAGAGAGAGAGAGCGCGAGAGAGAGAGAGAGAGAGAGAGAGAGAACGCGUGCGAGCGCGCGCGAGAGAGAGCGCGUGCGGGCGCACGAGCGCCAGUUCUGGCUCGGUUCACACGAUUCACAAGUGGAGCUCCGGCAGAUGAUUCACCCGUGAGUCGGUUCUUAGUAGCGCAGCUUCAAGGAGCGAUUAAGGAAAUUGCAGUAAUUGCAGCCGGCCGUCUCGAAUAGCGCUUUUAAUCAAGGACAGCCGAGCUCGCGCUUCUUUAUUCGUGGAUCAGUCAAGAUCUCGAACAAGUCCACGCGCUGCUCGUGGAGGACGCAGAUCUAAACCCAUUAAAAAAAAAAAAAGUUUGUUGAUGUUUAUAAUCUGAGCUGUGAUGUCAGAGAGAGAGUGUGAUGGGGAGGAAGGCGGGGACUCGACCCCGGCAGGCGCGUGGCGGGGCGCGCGCAGGAGUGGGGUGCUGCAGCUGCAGGACACCGACACCCCGCUGCUGGAGAGCGUGAAGGCGGCGGCAGCGCCACGGAGGAGCAGCAUCAUCAAGGACCCAUCAGUCACCAAAGUUGGCGGUGGACGCAAGAAAACAGUUUCCUUCAGCAGUAUGCCAUCAGAGAAGAAAGUGAGCAGCGCAGCUGACUGUUUGGCUUUUAUGCAGGGUGGCUGUGAGCUAAAAAAAGUGCGCCCCAACUCGCAUAUUUAUUGCCGUUUUUACACUCUGGACCCUGAACAAGCCUGUCUGCGUUGGGAGCCGUCAAAAAAGGAUGCGGAUCGUGCCCGACUGGACAUUUCCUCUAUCCGGGAGGUCCGCACAGGCAAAAGCACUGAAACCUUUCUCCAUAAUGGCUCAUCAGACCAGCUGGCUGAAGAGGCUGCAUUCUCCAUCAUUCAUGGAGAUGAAUAUCAGUCCCUGGACCUGGUGGCAUUGUCAUCUGAUGUAGCAAACAUCUGGGUGACUGGCCUGCGGUAUUUGCUGUCCCACCCUGGAGCCUUGGCUGGUGGAGGUGGAGGAGAUGGAGGAGUAGGAGAGACAAGCAUGGGAAGCAGAUUGAGGAGGGACUGGCUGGCAGCAGAAUUUGCCCUGGGAGAUGAGGAUGGGCACGGGAUUGUGUCAGAGGACAUAGCUGUGGCGACCAUCUGCAGGCUAUGCCCUAGAAUUAAGGAAGCAAAGGUGCGUCUACGCUUUAAGGAGAUCCAGCGUAGUAAGGAGAAGCUGACAUCUCAUGUGACACUUGAAGAAUUCCAGGAGGCUUACUGUGAGCUGUGCACCCGGCCCGAUGUUUACUUCCUUUUAGUGCAGCUAUCAAAAGACCGGGAGUGCCUAGAUGUACAGGACCUACGUCUUUUCUUGGAAACUGAGCAGGGACUGCCGCUGGCCACCACUGAAGGCUGCCUAGAGCUCCUGCAGCGCUUUGAACCCUCUGCAGUUUGCCGUGAAAAAGGCCUCAUGGGCCUAGAUGGCUUCACCCACUACCUUCAGUCAACUGAGUGCCAGCUGUUUGACCCUGAGCACCAGUAUGUAUGUCAUGACAUGACCUUGCCCUUGUGCCACUAUUACAUCAGUUCAUCCUACCGCUCCUACUUGCUAGAUGAUCAAGUACAUGGCAAGGCUGAUCUGUUUGGGCUAACACGAGCACUACAGUCUGGGUGUCGAUGUUUGGAGCUUGGUGUAACAGAUGGACCUGAUGGGGAGCCGCUUUUGGGGGUUGAUCAUGAGUCAGACACCAAGCAAUAUCAUCAUCACCAUCACCAUCAUCACCAUCAUAGCCUAAUCACACUGCACAGUGCUCUGGAAGUGAUUAACAAAUAUGCCUUUCUCACCUCUCAGUACCCAUUGCUCCUAUACUUGUGUCAGCAAUGUUCCCCUAGUCAGCAGCACACUCUAGCACUGCACCUAAAGAAGGUGUUUGGAGCAAAACUGUACAGGCCUGAAUGUUUGCCCAUUACUCCUGGGGUACGCACUACCACGUUGCCCUCUCCUGAGCAGCUAAAGGGAAGGGUACUGCUGGUAGGCAAGAAGCUGCCUCCAGAAGAGGAAGGCUCUGAGGGAGAAGUAUCUGAGGAGGAUGAGGAGAUUGGUGGCGGAGGUCCACUGGCUGGUCGUCGGAUGACCAUUCCUGGGGAGGAAGACCUAGGGGUUGUUCUGGUGGUCCCACCUCCCCCUCAGCCAAGGCGACUUCGAUUGCGGCAAGAGCUUUCUGAUCUAAUUGCAGUGGCUCGCACUGGUAGCCGUAACUUCUAUGCUCACCGUACCAACACCCAGCAGUCUCAGCAAGCCUCUCCUCCUUCCACUCCCUCCACACCCAACACUCCAGUUUUCCCAGACUCCCCUUAUUGGACCCUGUGCUCUUUAGGUGAGGGUGAAGCAGGUCGGUUGGCAAGCGAGAGCCCAGAGGAGCUGGUAAGCUUCACUAAGCGCUGUCUUACUCGAGUGCGACCCAGCUCAGUCCGGCUGGACUCCAGCAACCCCAACCCACAAGGCUACUGGAAAGGAGGUGUGCAGCUGGUGGCACUCAACCAGCAGACACCAGGUGCCAUGUUGGAUUUAAACCGAGGCCGAUUUGCACAGAAUGGAGGUUGUGGAUAUGUGCUGAAGCCAGCUGUCAUGCGAGAUGAGGUUUCCUACUUCAGUGCCCAGUCACAGGGCCGCGUGCCUGGUGUCCCACCGCAGACUCUCAGGGUGAAAGUUAUCAGUGCUCACAGUCUGCCCAAACCACAGGGUUCUGGGGCCAAGGGUGAAGUCAUCGACCCCUAUGUGGUGCUGGAACUUCAUGGCAUACCAGCAGACUGUGCUGAACAGAGAACUCGCACUGCAGCCCAGAACCAGGAUAACCCGCUAUUUGAUGAGACAUUUGAGUUUCAGGUGAACAUGCCAGAACUGGCACUGCUGCGGUUUGUCGUACUGGAUGAUGACUAUAUUGGUGAUGACUUUAUUGGCCAGUACACCAUCGCUUUUGAAUGCCUACAGCCUGGCUACAGGAAUGUGCCACUGCUGUGCCUGGCAGGAGAGCCUUUACCGCACGCCAGUCUGUUUGUGCACGUGGCUAUCACUAACCGCCGUGGUGGAGGCAAGGCUCAUAGACGGGGCCUAUCUGUGAAGCGAGGAGUGCGUCGAGGAAGGGAGUAUGUCACCCUCCGAAACACGGCCAUCAAAGUGUUAGACGACACCUUUCGCUCUGCCGGCCUGCCACUCAGAGAGGCCACUGACCUGCGAGAGAACGCACUGAGUGCUACAGUGGCGUUCAAAGAGCAAUGUGGACUCCCUCCAGUGUCCACACUGAAGCAGUGCAUGCAGAGUCUGUCCACAAGGCUGCAGAGCCCUGACGGUUCCCCAGGAGCCAGCCUGAUCCUGAAAGACGGUUAUCCCUGCCUGGAGCCACUUGCAAACCUGAACGACACCAUACGCAAGCUGCUUAAUGCCUAUGACACGAUGAUCUCGGCUAAUAAACAGCUAAUAGAGAAUGCAGAUGCUGUGCAGGAGAGGAUCGCUCAGGUGCAGAAAGAAGGCAUGGUGUUUCAUGAGGAUCUGGCUAAGCUGGGGGAGAAGGAGAACCUGAAGGAGCGGAAGCUGAUCAAAGCUGUUGAGAGCUUCACGUGGAACAUCACCGUACUGAAGGGUCAGUGCGAUCUGCUGCGCAGUGCUAAAAUGGAUACCCUGGAUGCUCUGCGGCAGCUGGUGUUGGCCUGCGAAGCCUCCGGACUGACCUUAACUUCUGAACUGCAGUACACACCACACAGCCUAACCUCUAGAAGGGGCAGCAACCAUGGCAAUGGUCGCAUCUGAGUUCUCAUGGCCUGGGAGUGGGUUGGUGAAUCUGCAGAGAAUGUGGAUAGAUAAAUGGUGCAAUAAAUAAAUAAGAGAUCGGAGCCUCUUGUAUGGGAUGAAGAGUGUAGCCAGGUGAUGUGAUUCGAACAAUAGACAUGGUAAUAUAUAAGUACUGCGUGAUAGAACCAAAGGACAAUAGAAGGAAAUGCCUCAAAAGCAUGUCAGAGCAGGCUCUUGUUUGUGAUGACCGGAAAUGUUUGACUCGAAACCUUCUUGGUUUCUGAGAGCUUUACUGUGUAGCAUAUCGACGAUACGACUGAGUGGAGCGUUUAAACUGGUUAAUGGUUGUGCUCUGUGGCAAGAGAAUCCACUAUUUUCAUAUUGGCAGGUAAAAACUUCUAAAAGCUCCUGGGUUUGCAAGGCACAUUACACUUUGACCUGUUUAUACUGCCAUAAGUCAGUAAUCACUUCCUUGAUUACACAGUGCUGUCACUUCAGCACUGUACUUGUAGUUUUUCCAUUUGAAUUGGAUUGAGAGGUGAUAAAUGGUAUCACUGGAGGUUAGCACAGGCGCAUGCAUCCUUUCUUAUCCAGAAUAUAGAGAUCAUCUCCUGCACAUCCAAUGACUGGAAUAGAUCUAAUCUUUUGCGGCUUGUGAUGCAUACAUUACAUCUCCGCGCACUUAAAGGGAAGGUAUUUUUUUUCCCUAUCUCAUCACAUUUACGGAGUGAACAUGAAUUGCAGUAUAUGUUGUUCACUUGCAUUAAUUGAACUCUCUGAUCAAACCCACUGAGCUCUACGUAAAAAUCUGGAUGGCUUAUAGCCUAUUCACCACUGUAGAGAUGAGUGAAGCCAUCUGGCCGCCAUAUUACCACACACAUGGCUUAUGUGUUAAACCAUCAUAUCUGAUCAAAUUUGCUCCAAGAAAAGUAUCUCCUGACUUUUUUCCUCUUUCAUUACCUCCUCUUAUUUUCUCAACUUUACCUACAUUCCUUAUGUCUUUAUACUGUUCCCCUUCACUGUUGUUGUUGUUUUUUCCUUUUCCAGUUCAUUCUCUGAUCAUUUUUUUGAAUGGUUCUUUUACUACUAUAAUUAUUUUUACAGAGAUUAUUUCAGUUUGUCUUUGUACAGGAAAUCAUGUAUCGGACGUCAUCCGGGAAAUAAGCCAUUGACCGGGAAAUAUGUCCAACCCUGAUUUAAGAGUACUGAUCAGUAUACUUGCACUCAAUUUAAACUAAAAUAAUGUCGUUAAAACAGACAAUCAUAUCCAUUUUGUCAAUUUGUGCAAGUGGGUGUGACAUGUAUAGAUGAUCUACAUUGUCACUCGUGCUUAGCCUGAGGUAAAUGAAAAUAACCACAGACCAAACUCGUACAAUAACAUCUCUUUUUUUAAUUUGCAUCCCUCACUCCCAUUUCUGCUAAAGGCUACGAUCCUUCUUUCAUUUAUGCUCCUGACGCUAAUUUACUCAGUUUGUUUUUCUUUUUGAAUUUGAGCCGUUGAGCUCUCACAUUCAAUAUCAAACAUGUCUAGACUUUGGCUUCGAUCUGGUCUGGGACGAUUCCAUUAAAAAUCUGACACAGUCAUAGCGUUCAUCCCAGAUAUCAAUGUCAGAUUUUCAACAAAAACAGACAAGACGAUGAGACAGAUUUUCUGUUGUUUUUUUUUUCUUUCGGUCUUGCAAACCAUCAUAAAAUGCCAUAAGGGGUUCCAUGCAAAUGGCACUGUGCGUACAUGUGUAAAAAUGAUCACACACUAUCAGUAUUCACAGGGGAAAUGUCCGUCCACAACCUCUGACUUGACGGUUUGUAGAGUUCAGUGCUGCACACACAGGCAUUUUUCUUGUCAUUUGUCUCACCAACUACAUAAAUAACUUGUCCAGUUUUGUGUAGCUUCCAGUAGCCGUUCCAUAAGAUGGCAGCCAGAUGGCUUCACUCUGACGAGCCAAUGAGCUCUCCAAAUUUUUACGUAGAGCUCAGUGAUCAAGCCCCUUUCAAGAGCGAACAAUGGUAUUCGCACCACAAUGUGAGUAUUAUACUGUAUCUACAACCCAACUACCCAACACCAAUGGUUGCUGGCCUCGGAGAGAGCAUGAAAAGGGCUGCCCUUUUAUGGUGAAUGUUGGAAAGAUGUGCUUUAACCAGCUCACCUAGUUAAAAGUAAGCACCAUAUAACCAGUUAAAAACUGAAAUGACUGAAGAACACUGGAGCAUUAACCAACCUCAUGGCUAAUAUUAUGGCUUACAUUGUUUCACACUUAUUAACAGUGUUGUAAUCCAGAGAAGUGACGUUUCCAAAGUAUUUUCUCAACUGCUUUAAAGGCAGCACUGAACACGGACUGUGUUUUCUUGUUACAAUUUACUUUAACAUAGUAAUAUAGAAAUGCCAAUAUGUGACUUUUGACUAUGUAUGCAUAUUUUUCUUUUUGUAUUGUUGACAAGUAGAUAAUGUGCAUAAGUAGUCAGUAUUUGUGUGAAUACACCGAUAUCUGUAGCUAGGUAUGUAAGUGUGUGUGUGUGUGUGUGUGUGUUGAUUAUUAUGGAAAAAAUGUCGUGAAUGUGAAGAACUUUGCUAAAGAAUUGUUGCUUUCAAAGGAAUUAAGAAUGGUUGAGAAUUCUCUUUUUUUUGUUUCCUGUUUUAUCCGAAUGAGAAGAGCCGCUUUGGAUUUAUCAUCCAGAGAACUAACAGGUAUCGUAAUGUUUUCUUAGCGUGAAUGUGUGUAUUUCUAAUCAAGCCAUUCCAUCUGUAUCUAUCUUUCUAAUUUUACCCCUUCUUUGUAAAUAUCAGCAACGGUACACAUUAUGAAAGCUUUUUCCUCUCUUGUUUUCUCUCUCCUUUUACCCUUCUGACUCUUUGUGUUUCUGAACAAGGGAUUUUAAUUGCAGUGGCCUUCUGGUGAGAAAUGUCGACAGGUGGACUUGUGUAGCCCUGCUUGUGCAUACAAGUGUGCAUCAUUUUCAGCAAUUGUACUCAGCACUUCUUAAUUAACAUUUAGUGUGUGUUGGUGCGACUAUCACCAAACCCAAUAACUCUAAGUAACACAUGCAGUCCCUAGAGCAGAGCACUGAGGCAUUCUUUAAUGACCUAUAUGCAUGAUCUACCAAUGGACUGUGAAAGGAUCCUGCACAGGAUCUGCUUACCUGUAGCUGGGCUCAUGGCUGAAUAAUGAAUGCUAGUAUUAGCAUUCGGUUUCAUGUUGUUGUUUUUUUUUUGCCUUGACACUGAAUAGUAGACAGAGGGACCUACGGUGUAGGAUCACAGUAGGUUAGUUCCACAGAGCAACGUUCAUGUCUAUGACAUUAGAGAUGUACUACUUGUUAUGGAAAUUAAUGAGUGAAUGAAUAAACAAGUAGAGAAAUAAAUUAUAUUAAAAAUAGAUAGAUAGCAUUGCUGCGUGGGAUGAAAGAAUAGUAACCCAGUAGUCCAACCAGUGAAGGACUUGUAUGCAGUAUGCUAGUCAACAGAUGUUAUCAGUGCACCUAUAGGCGUUAUCUCUCGCGUGUUCUCUAGCUUGUGGUCUAUUUACAUUUAGAUGAAAAUGUACUGUAUCAGUCUCGACUAGCCAGAUAAGCCCUGCCGUAUUAAGUAGCCUGAAGGUGAACACUUCAGAUGGUGCUUUGGUAUUGCAUUGUUUAUUUACCUGAACAACCUCUCUGAACCUGCAACAGUAGACCAGUACGUUUUAAAAUGCUUUCCUGUGUAACUGAUGUCCUCUGCACUUGGCUUGCUUCUGUUGUAUCUGCCUUUCCUCUGACCUUUACAAACAAACCUUCUUUCACCUUAGUUCCUUCCCUGGUUGUCAUUGUAUAAAAGAGUAUUUAUUAAAGGUGAUAAUUGUGUUUUAAAGAAAAUUAACUUUAAAGCAACUGCUUUUAUUUUGAAAAGCCAUUUUGUAUUCUUAAAGAUUAACAUAUAAUAUAAUACAGAUGUGGCAGAGACUAAAUAAAUCUUUUACUGACGA